CGUAGGCCCGGGCCGAAGAGGAAGGUCUUCAGGCGCGACCUGAAGUUGGGGAACGGAAGGGGCCCGGCGGAGGGAUAGAGCGAGAGAGUGCCAGAGUUUCGGGGCGUAGUGGUUGAAAGCGCGUCCACUCGGUGUAAAGUCGGAAAAACAACCCCACGUCAACAACAACACAUUGCAUCUGUAUCGCGCCUUUCGUGCCGGGAGGAUGUCCCUCAGCGCUGGUCCCAAAGGUGUCUCGAAGCGUCAGAUCAAGAGCUACAGAAAUAAGCACAACAGCAGGGUCUUUGGAUCUACAAUACAUCUGGGAGAAAGUUGGGUUAAGGCUCUGACUCUGGCACUUGCUGAGUGUGACACUUACUCCUAUUAAUUUCUUUUCAUCUACUGUAAGAAUACUACCCUCAUACAGAAGUCCUUUCGACGUUUUUAUAGCGAGUGAAGAGAUGUGAGAAGAAAAGCAAAUGUUUGUCACAAAAAAGGAUACUGAAGGCAGCACUUGAGAUCAGAGGAGAGAGUGGUGCAUGGCAGGUCUAUAGAUGAAGGAAAAUUCAGAGGAGCCAUCAGAGCAGGUGGAUACUGCCUCCCUUUCGUGUGUUGGAGGAAUGGCUAAUGACCGAGGAGAUAAGUGCAAGGAGACCAACCCAGUGAAAUAUGAACCUCCACAAAUGGGCCUGAAAUUUGUACACCUGGAUUUAAAGGGAGCCCCACCCAAGAUCUCCUAUCUGGCAGAGAUCUUCCCAGUUUUUGCUUACCUCGGUGCUGAUGGAGUCCUCCUUGAGUACGAAGAUAUGUUUCCAUAUGAGGGGCAGAUCGAAGUAUUAAGGAGCCCGAUCGCAUACAGUGUUCCAGACAUCAAGGAGAUUAUAAAUCUGGCCAGAGUAAAUAAUUUGGAAAUCAUUCCAUUGGUACAAACCUUUGGUCAUCUGGAGUUCGUGCUUAAACAUGAGAAGUUUUCUCACCUGCGUGAGGUGGAGACUUUCCCCAACACCAUUAAUCCUCACAAACAGGAGUCUCUGUACCUGAUAAAGUCUAUGAUUGACCAAGUCAUGGCAGCACAUGUGGGCAUCAGGUGGUUCCACAUUGGAUCAGAUGAGGUCUACUAUCUUGGAGAAGGUGGGGAAUCAAAGGACCUGAUCCUCCAGCAGCAAUUCAGCAUGGAAAGCAUGUAUAUGUCUCAUGUCAAAGCUGUCGCAACUCAGGUCCUUGCAAACAACCCAGGCGUUAAGCCCAUCAUAUGGGAUGACUACCUCCGCAACAUAGAUGAGGACAAACUUAAAGAAUCAAUGUUGGGUAAACUUGUUGAACCAAUGAUCUGGAAUUAUAACUCUGUUCUUGAUGUGCCCAAUAUCCAGCUUUUAAUAGAAAAGUAUCACAAUAGUGGACUUUCGAAGAUUUGGUUUGCCAGUGCUUUUAAGGGAGCUACAGGAGUAGCCCAGUGUGUACCAAAUAUCAGCUAUCACUUGGAAAAUCAUUUACAGUGGCUAAAGGUGGCUGAUGGCCUGCCAAAGCACUCCAUUCAGCUACAAGGGAUCACACUCACUGGCUGGCAGAGGUAUGAUCAUUUCUCUGUCUUGUGUGAACUACUCCCCGUGGCGAUUCCUUCCCUGGCUGUCUGUCUGCAGGCCCUGAAAGAAGGAAACAUCUGCGUAAAUGAGGAGACUUUCGUGAAAAGGGCUCUUGAAUUCUCAGAUUCGGGUAAUAACUUUACAAGUGGUGAUGGUGCAGGGAAGUUUCCCGGCUACAAAGUGAUGAGCCUGGUAGCUCAAGUGACGGCUGACUUAAAGAAGUCGAUUGAUGAACUUCUUGAAGAAAACAUGUAUAUUAAAGGAUGGUUCAGUGAAUACCACAGAAGGCAGAAGAUUGUUCAUCCUGUAAUGAUCCAUCAGUUUGAAGGCGAUGUUCGAGGUCUACAUGCCAAGUGGGAGCAAGUUCUAAUAGAGCUUCGCUCAGGGCUAGAGAGGAUCUACUACCCUCUUACCGUGGUCGAGUGGCUGGAGGAACACGUGAGCCCAGCCUGGAUAAAGCUGGAAAAGUUUAUUCGUGAUAUGAAUGAAGCCAAGAGCUCAAAAUUAACACAAUAUGAAUAAAUGUAAUGAAAUAAAGUGAGUACUUAAACUCAUUGAAGAUCAGUCAAAUGUCAA